CGGGACACCAGGCUUGGGGCACAUCAGUGCAUCAGGGCUGCGGGGCAGAGGAGGGGACCCCCGAUGGAAGGUUGGGGGCAGUGGAAGGAGCGGUGGGGGCUCAUCACCCCAACCAGCCCCACCUGGGGGCUCAACCCCUCCCCGCCUGGCCCGGGGACUGCAUUUAAGCUUCAUGCUUCGGCUGGGGGUUUGCAGAGCCUUCUCUGGGCCUGGCAUCGUGUGCGCUCUAUCCCAGAGCUCGGUGUUGGGUCCUUCCAGCCCCGCACUGCCCCACGGCGGGGGCUGCGGUCCCGCGGGGCUGCGCUCGGUGACCGGAGACCCUCGGGGUGGAGAGCAGCAGCUGCGCCCAGAGCAGGCGCUCUCGGUGGUGACACCGAGGACAUCCUGCCCCUGGCACUGGGCUGGCUCCCAGCGGGCGCUUAAGGUCAUCGCUUGCCUUUCUGCGCCUCAGCGGCCGAAACAGAGCCGGGGGCUGCUGUCCGCCUGUGCUGCCCGGGGGACACAGCCCGGCCACCAGCAGGUUUGCAGGCUCCCCGCAGCAGCGAUUUACAGGGCAGAACCUCUCGCCGGGAGGGAGGUGGAAAUGAGCUGCGCCGGCUGGAUUUGGGGAAGCGGGAAAUGUCUGGCUCCAAGGGCAGCUGCCCCCGCCAGAGGGAAUCUCGAGCACAGAGACCGAUCUCGUCACCCAAAUCUGCUGGAGCCUCUGACUUCUGGGGUAGAUGUUUCAGCAAGGGGGGAAUUUAGAGAUGUGUUUUAUCUCGCAUUGUUUUUUCCCUCCAGAGGCAUCUCGACCAAAAGCUCUGGCUGGACAGUGGGUGGGACAAAAUUCACAACCCUUAUUUGGACUCAGCUUUGGGGAAGAGCUGCAAUUCCCCAGCAGCGCUGGAACCCCGCUUGGAAUCACACACCGGAAAAAGGGGAGGAAUUUCUGCUGCGUCCAUGUCCAUCUGCGCUGGGACACAGCGCUGGACCGUGUCAUAGAGGGAUAGAAAGGGAAGUCGUGAACAAGUGGUGGCUCUGGGGGGACGGCUGGGAAGAGUGGCGAUUCCCGAGGCUCCAGCGGAACAAGGCUCAGCUCUGCUCCGGGUCCUCCGGGAGGCAGCCCGAGCAGGAGCAUCUCUCGGGGGAAGGGGCGGAGGGUGGCACCGGGUCCGUGGAGCUUUCCCCAGCCCGGGGUCUCCGUGUGGAUCCCGAGGUCACACCGCCCUCUGCCGGCACCACGGCGGCACCGGGGCUGUCCCCGGGGCGGGACGCGGUGACACACGGCCUGUGUGACACAGGCACCGCACCCCGCACGGUCACACGGCUGCGCUUCGCUCGGACAGCAGAACAGGGGAUGUUUUAUUUCAUAUGUUUUAUUCCCAAAACAAAGCACGAACAACAGAGUUAACGCGUGGGAGACGACAGACUCAAAGCAGGUCUGAGACUCCCGGUGGAAGAUGAAUAAAUUACACAAACAAGCAAGAAGCGGUUUGAUGGAAUGAGGGGCGUGGAGACCGGAUGCUUUCCGGAGCGUGCACUGCUUCCCAGGACCCAGCACCCGGCCAGGCACUGGAAGCACGAGG